AUGCCGAUACUGAGACGUAUGCUCACGAUAAAACUGAGCUCAGGCAUCUGCUUCUUGGCGACUAACCGAGUUUCGCGAGUGGGUAAUACCCUCGGGAAAGAAGUUGAUGCCAUGUAUCAACUCCACGCAACUCUAUUACCCCUCGUUCUGACAAUAUUUCCUGUCCUGUCAGUGGAGGUCGCAGAUGUGAGUGGACCAACGCGAGAGCAAAUUAAAGGUGCCCUCCAGACAGUCGGAAAAUUCCUAAAGGACGAUGCCGGUAGCAGUUGGUUAGCAAGUGUGUCACACAAUCAGGACGAUGCUCUAACUACUGAAGAAUUAAUGCGCGAGAUCAUAAAUUCCACGGGAUCCGAUGGUGUUAGAGAAGCCGCCGGACUUAUCUCCCUCGCUCUUGAGCUGCAGAAAUCCGUUGGAAAAGCUAAUGAAUCAUUGACGGUUAAGCCCGAGGAAUUAAAGGAAUUCGUUGAAACUAUCGCAGACAGAGACGACGUAAUGUGCCUUUAUCGAACGAAGUCCGAAGUACCGACACGGAGGGUGGAGGAUUGGAAGAAAACUGUGAAGAGUGAGGGCUUGAAUGGAUACAGUGCAUAUGUUGCCUUGGACACAGGUAUUCAAGAAGUCCUGUGUUUGAAAAAAAAUUCCCUCGCAAUUCCUUCGACCGAUGAGGCGAUAACUGUUAAUCGACCCCCGGAAACUUCGUCAAUCCUUCCUGAAGAGCUUCCCAAACCUCCCCCAAUAACUCCUGGAAAUGAAACAAUGAAUGUUCCUGAUGAAGUGGACGUGAAUAAUCCACUGGUUAAUGAAGACGAAGGAACUGUUGGAAAAUCUCCUAACGAAGAGUGCGGCAGUGACUCCAAUCCUUGUACUUCUCCCAUUUCCUCCAAUUCAUCUGCAUCUGAUUUGGAAUCAGUUGAAGCCCUACCUGCGCUCGAAGCCCCGAAUGUGGAGGAGGAAAUGCCGAUGGAGGUAAAAAUGAGAUCCAUGAGUGGAGGAAGUGAUGGAUCAGUGAGCGAUAAAAUGAAGGGGGAGAAUCCCUGCAGUCAUCAAGAUGACGACGUGAGGAAUUUCGUGAAGAACAGAUCUUCGAAGGAUGCCUCCAGCGAAAACAGAUCGUACGAAUCCGGUAAUUAUGCACUACACAUCUGCCCAUUUCACAAAAUUUGUCGGGAGGUAAAAGCUCACGAGAGGCAGUACGGAUUAAUGAAUAUUCCCUCACAUUCGCCAUUGAAUAAUGAGCCUCUGGAGAGAUUAUUAAAUCCACAAGCACAACAUUCACGAUUUUCACGUAACGGAAAUGGAUUUGUGAAGAAUUUAUAUGAUAACGGGAUUUUAACACAUCAAGGAUAUUCCAAGCACAUGAAUACGUAUUUCAUUCUGCGGAAUAGAAAUAGUGAGGAGGUGGACGGAGAUUCGAAUCCAUUUGAUUCGGGAGAUCAUCAAAAUUCCGUCUCCUCGCGGCAGCCUGUCAGACCUUCAUCAGAAUUUGUUGCCGGUCAGUUGCGGAGGGGAGGGUAUCCCUGGAUACUUCUGGACCCGCAGAGUGUCCUUGCCCGAAGUUUCUCGGAUCUCGAUUUUAGACAGAUCGACACGUCAGGGAAUCAAGAAAAUGACAAUUCUGGGGGUGAGGGAAAGGGUAAAAUGCUGAGCAUCAAAGUUUUCGUCAAUAAUCCGUCCAAAGAGCCUGUGAAACUGUCAAUUUACACUCAUCUCGAUCCGGAAAUUGAGCUUUAUCAUAAUAAAGAGGAAGUUGGGGAUAAUGAGAUGAGUCAAUUCAAAUUAAAAAUGUUUAAACAACACCGUGAUAGUGCGCAGGAGAAGAGAGAGGAUAAAUUAAUUACAGAAGUUGAUAAGCAGGAUUAUAAACACACUUUUGAUGCAUUGAUGGAUUUAUUAACUUCAGGAGAUUGAGGUUGAUGGAUCGAAUUUGUAGUCGUGUGUGUAUUCUUGUCGAUUGGAGGUUU